AUGUCAACCGCAAACAACAUGAACAUGGCGCAAACGAGCAUGAAUGCCAGCAAAACUAGUAUGAAGAGAAGUGAUGGAAUGAAGAGGAAAAUCGUCCUGUCCAGCAGGCUUCCUGCAACAACUGUUGCUGCAAAUCCAAUGAGAAACCUGCUUUCUGAUUCCAAUGAGAAGUCGCGAUUCGAUUUGAUUGACACGGCACUCGGAAUCGUUGACUCCCCAUUGAGCUCUUCCGAUGACAAUGUGGCUAAACGAAGGGGCUCUAUGCUCCAAAGGAGAGGCUCGUUACUCUGCCAACGAAGAACCAGUGAACUUCUGUCAGACAACUGCGACCGUCUGUCCGAACUAUUAUUGCUGAAUAGCCAAGGUUUGGUCGACUUCAGCAGUGACGACGAGAGCGACUUGGAAGAAUGA